AUGACGUUGGCCUUCCCUUCCCGGGCUCUUGGGCUUUUUCUGCCCUUACUCUGCACCGUUAGCCAGGUGGCCGUGGGUGAGCAAGCGCUUUGCGAGGCCCAGGAGGAGGACACUUCCGCGCUCUUGCAGGGCCCCAUACACCUACGUCGCUUCUUCCACCGGCUGCGCUAUCACGGUGUUUCUGGCCCUCGGUACUACAGUCCCGGCAGAUAUGGGUACUAUGAGACGACGAUGCCGGAGCCCAGCGACAAUGCUGAUACAAUCGCACCAGCGUCGACGCCGGGCGACAAUGAAGACACAGUCGCACCAGCAUCGACCCAGGGCGACAACCAAGACACAGUCGCACCUGUAUCGACGCCAGGCGACAACGAAGACACAGUCGCACCAGCAUCGACACAGGGCGACAACCAAGACACAAUCGCACCAGCAUCAACGCCAGGUGACAAUGAAGACACAGUCGCACCAGCAUCGACGCCGGGCGACAACCAAGACACAAUCGCACCAGCAUCUACACCAGGCGACAACCAAGACACAAUCGCACCAGCAUCUACACCAGGCGACAAUGAGGACACAAGCGUACCAGACUUGCCGCCCGGCGACAACGAGGCUCCGACCCCCGUCAUCAAGUUGGUGACUCCUUCGCCUACCGAU